AUGUCCGGGGGUUUGGUGAAGAAGCUGUUGGAUCCGCUGCAAUGGUCCAGUCAACUCCCCCGCGGAUCAACGCGCCGUCAUGGCUAUCACCGUUCGCAAGGAUGGCGUCCGAUUUCCCUCCGUCCGUUUUACCUCCUCUUCGUCGCCGUUUUGAUGUUCGUCAUUUUCCUGGCUAUCGAGAUCCUGCGCCGAUAUAGUGAGUGGAAUGGGGGUUUGAUCUACUUCAAGGAUACCGCCAGCGUGUCGCAUAUUCAGUCAUUCGCAUACAACUACGUCCCAAUAAUCGUUGCCCUCGUGCUCGUCACCUUUUGGAGCUUCGUCGAAUUCGAUGUCUUGCGUCUCGAACCGUAUUUUCAGCUUUCCCGACCCGAAGGUGCCCCGGCCACUGUCCUGUUCAUCAACUACAACUUUGGUCAAUCGGUUAUCACUCCCAUCACAUCCGCGCGGAGAGGUCAUUGGGUGGUUCUAUGUGUGUCGGUCUUUACGAUGCUGAUGCGCAUGUCACUCCCGGCACUACAGAGUACACUGUUCGAAUUGCGCGAGGUCACCCUUCUGUCCGAUGAAACCAUGCACGGCUGGCCCGACUUGGUCGAUCUACAAACCCAGGCCACUUGGAUGGCUUCCCAGGCCAGCAACAACUUCGACUCGGUGGUCUCUUCCAACGAUGAUUUGCAACGCUCGCGAUCCACCAAGUACGCCGUCGCCCCCGUCGAGAUUCCAGGAGGCGAUCAGCGAGAGAGCACCGUAUGGACCAUGAAUCAAACCGUCUACUGGACCGAACCGAUUUGUCAGGAUGUCGUCGUGAAUGAGAAGGUUUCGGUGAUUGUGGAUGGCUCGGAGGAAGACCCUACAGUUUCUUGGAACGUGACAGGAGUCCCGUUGAAGAAGGACGGCGAAACGAUACAUGACUGCAAGCUGGACUUCAAUUAUAGCAGCAUGCUCUUUUCCAUGACGGACAAGCUCCAAGUCCGCUACUGGGAACCGGUGUCAGCUAAUACGAGUCUGGCCGCCGUGGCAACCAAAAAGGCCUUCAAGGCUAGAGGCUGCGACCCUUUCGAUCUCUACGGCGUUCUUCUUAGCGUCAAUGCCUCGUCUGACGCUGUAUCCACUCCGACCCAAUACACAUCCUCCGCCAGCAUCUUCGCCUGUGACAUCAAAUACAACAAGGCUGAGGCUGAGGUCUCGAUGCAUGCCAACAGUUCCAUCACAAGCAUCUCGAUUCACAAUGGUACGACGAGGGAAUUGACGCCUCAGCAGUUCAACGUCCCAGACUUUCAGGAUCUAUUGUCGCAACGCGCCCCGUAUACGAGUGACCUGCUCUAUAUCCGAGUCAACGAGACCUCUGGCGAUACCACCGUAACCGAACUUCCCGUUAUCAGCCAGCAACUGGGUGAUAUGGAGCCCGUCCUCAUUCUGGAUACAUCGAGUGUUAUGUCCCCAGACGAGUUCGAGUCCAAAGUGGUGAGGGGAGUCAAGCAGACUUUCGUCCUCACCAUGGGCCGUCUCUUCGAUCCCGACGAGAAGCCUGCCAUAAUCCACGCCACCCGUCUAAGCAAUCAAGUCGCCAUCGCUACCGUCGGGUUCGCGGCGUUCUGGUCUGAGGUCGUUUUGGCAGCUGGUACUGUAAUCAGUCUCUUGUUGGUCUACAUCUACCACCGCCGACCGAACAUUAUGCAAAGCGAUCCUGGCCCGAUCAGCGCCAUGUGCAGCAUGGUGGCCGAUGUGUUUAGUCCUUCCAACAUCCUCACCGAUUCGCGAUUCGACUUGCAUCAGUUUUCUACGCGCCAGCUACGACGGAUACUUCGGAAUUCGCGCAUUCACUGGCAAGAUGGACCGACGGGCAAACGUCUAGAGAUUCGGCCUUCCGAGGAUGAUGCGUCACUGGUUGAAAACCUAGGCGAAAACCUCCAAGCUCGAGUCGACCCAAUGCCGCAUUUUCUGCUCAUUCCCGUCUUCAUCCUCGAAUUCCUUCUUCUGACAGCAGUGAUCGCCGGCAUGGCAUUGAUCAUUGGUUUACUCGCACGAAACGGUAAAUUCCGACACUUGACACAAUCCGAUUCCAGUUUUCUCCAAGUCGUUCUCUCCGUCUUGCCCUCCAUUGUUGCCUCUGCCGUUGGGUCCCUUUGCACCUCGAUUCACCGAAACCUCAGCAUCCUCGAACCGUGGGUCCAUCUUCAAAGGGGAAUGGCAGCAGCCCGAACCUCACUGUCGAUGAACUACGCCGGACAGAAUCCUUGGGCUGUCCUUUACAAAGCCUCCAGAGACCGCCAUCUGUUAUUGGGCCUGGUUUCCGUUGCCUGUGUCGUCAACACCGUACUCACGGUGGUGGCUGGUGGACUGUUCACCCAGAAAUUGGCCACCUCUUACUUACCCACUGACACACUGCUUACGAACUAUAGCGAGACUACCUUCCGGCGCACCGAUUUCGCAGCUGAUUUCACCGAGUACGACCUCAUCCAAUCCAGCAUCACCAGCGGCGUCCCAAUGGUGGCCUGGACCAGCACGAACCACUCGUUUGUCCCGAUCAAAAUCAAAGAUCCCGAUCCAAAUGCCGUGUACAGUGCGCACACUCUUGGGGUUGGAGCUGAUUUGGAUUGCCAAAAGUUGGAAAUUUCAGAGAACCUGGUGGACGAUUACCAGGAGGGCCGCGUGUAUUGGGAAUAUAACCCUUUCGAUGCCCCGGAAAGACGAUGCAAGGUUGACAUGACUUCAUUGAAGAACACCACCUCGGGGAUUUCGUUAUCGAUUCACUUUCUCUCGCCCGUGGCCGUUGACGAAACGGAUCUGUGUCAGACGUCGACCGUGGUGGUCCUCGGUCGAUGGAACUACAAGCCUGGUGCUCCUGUUACCGACCAGAAUACCGUUGCGUUGCACUGCGAACCGCGGAUGGAGAUAGAGGAAUACUCAAUCUUCUUCGACCAGAAAGGCCAGAUCGAAGAGUACCAUCCGAUCAAUUCGACUGCCAUCAACAGCGGUGAAAUGUACGACAACGCUACUGCCAGCGUGGGCCAGUUCAACAAAGUCUUUGCCGCCAUUCCUCAAAGCUACAUGGGCAACCAAUCGGCUGGAAAUGGUUCCUAUGUUGCAUCAUACGAUUGGGCCGGUUUUCUGGUGUCACGUCUCUACCAACAACGGGAAACCAACAUCACUGAACUCAACGCGGCGGAUCUCAUUGAGGUAUCGCGAACAGUGUACCAGUGGGUGUAUAGCACCUAUUUCUCGAUUUGGAGAGAAAUCUACCUUCAACCACUGCAGGACCCAUAUCCAGCCAAGAACUCCACCGCGAUCUAUAGCAUGUGGGCCAUGGAUCCAUCCGUCCCGUCGCUUGCCAUCGCGCUAGUGAUCAUCGCGUUUGACACACUGGUCGUCCUCGUCGUCUUUGGCACACGCCGCGGCCGGUUCAAAGGCCCACGCAUCCCCCGGUCAAUUGGCGCCGUCAUCCCGUGGCUGGCCCACAGCCGGAUGCUCAACGACUUCCCAGGCACAUACACCUGGACCAACACCGACCGCCGCGCACACCUAGAGCGCUUGAACAAACGCUACGCAUUCCGCGCAUUCCUCAGCCCAGACGGCCGAUGGCGCUUUGCCGUCGACGAGGAACAAGACGUUCCUCCACCGCCGCCACAACCAGCAGGUGAAUGGGACCCGUCGAAAGCGGGAGAUAUCCAGCUCCGCGAGCUGGGCCGGGAGCCGCCAGGCCGGGACCCACCGAGCCCCGAGACUCAGACUCCAAAUGAACAUGGACAUAUAUAA